AUGGACAAUUUCGGGAGAAAAGAGCCAAGCGUUCCAUUUCUGUUGAAAACACUCACUCUAUUCCAGGAGAUUGCCGACUGUCUGGCAAGUGAGGAAGAGGAUCAGGAAUUCGCUGCCAUCUAUCGAUAUCUCCACGGCAAUGCCAUGUUGAUGGUGGAACGAAUCGGCGGCAUCAGAAACUCCGGUCCUUCUGAGAACGCGAUUGCAAAUAUGAUCCUCAAUCGCUUUUCUACCCUCAUUCAAGAUCGCAGUGUGCAAGAGCGACAUACUCCAUGGCUUGGACUUACUGAGCUUCACCACAACUGGAGUAGUUUGGUCUCCUGGGAGGAAAGGCUCCCAUACCUUCGAUCCCACUUACGAUUUGACUCAAAGCAUCGAUGGAAUGAAUUGGUAACAUUCUUGGAAGAAUGUGUUGAUUCUCUAGAUGCACCUGUUCCACAUGACUUGGAGGAACCACAGGCUCGCUUUAGGAAACCCAGGGAACCUCCAAGGUUGGUUGGAUCUGAGGCCAGGACGGUAUUUCAUGCCCUCAAGGUCAGUUCGAAGUCGUGCACUUGUAACCCUUGCCACGAUUAUGCGGCGAGGUUGAAACUAGCCACAUACCGAGCACGUAGCGAUAUUGACGACAAAUGUAUCUUUGACCUCCUUCUCAGUUCUACCAAGCAGUUUUGGCAAGAAACUCACAUCCAUGCUACACCACCACAAAAGAAAGCAAAGGUGACAAUAGCAAUCCACGAGCAGAGCCAAAAACCGCGAAAGAAACGAUGUUCCCACCGCGUCCUUGUAAGCCGACUAUGUGACCAUAUAAAACCCCGGCAAAUCUUCUGCUGUCUCAACCUGGGAGUGGAAGAUGGCCAAUUGUGGAAGUUUCGGUCCUCCGACAACCGAUUUCCGAUAGGAGCCAUGGCCAUAUCUCUUGAGAAGGUUAUCGAAGCGCACCCCACAAGUUUAGGGGACAAGAUCAAACGCGUACUGGCUGUGCAAUUAGGGUAUUGUAUCGUACAUCUACAUGGGACACCUUGGCUCCAACCUUCUUACUUUAACUCCUCGAAUAUCCUAUUCCUAGCCACGCCCACAUCGGUUCCCUUGAGACCCUUCAUUCAUACAGAGGUUGAGGCCAAUAGUUCACCAUCCCAAUACUCGGAUGGGUUGGAUGAGUCGCAUGAUGGGGUUGACCCCGAUGAUUUACCACUACAUUCACAUCCAAGUCUGGUCAUGUUGGCUAUCCUACUCAUGGAGGUGCACAUGGCGAUGCCAAUCCUUUCGCUUACUGGCUCCCCAGAUAUUACGUGGGCCCCAUUGCAGUCUGUGGACGAAAAUUCACGAUAUCGCAUUGCCACAGAAGCAUUCAAGAAAUGCGGGUCUGACUUCUCUGAUAACUACCGCGGGGCUGUUGCGAAAUGUCUAGAUCCUGAUAUUGGAUUUGAUUCGGAUGACAAUGAGUUAGAUGAGGUCGAUCUCAAGCGUCUAAUAUACGAAGAAAUUGUGCAGCGUCUCGAAGAUGAGCUUGAUCAGGGGUUUAGUGAAACUAUUUCGAGUGACAACCUCGACGAAGUUGCGCCCACGUUGAAUCUGAACAGCUGGGGAACAAUGGAACUGUCCUUUCCAGGCCAAACAGAUACCUACACCAAUCAUCGUCACACUAUCACCAUCCCAUCUCGAUCCACAAUACCAAUCUCACAGCUCUCUGUUUACGGGACAGCUUCGCAGAGUAGUGUGGCCGUAUGUAACGACAUACCUCGCUGGGAACCGCAAGUAUCCCAAUAUAGGAGCCAGUCCGUUCCGAUUCACCUCAAUCCCUCUCACCCAUUGACAUACCGGAGCUAUACCGUUGGGUGGAUUUGUGCCUUAGCUGAGGAGAUGGCAGUUGCGAGGGCUAUGUUGGAUCACGUGCAUCCGGGACUGCCCCGAAUCUACACGGCAGAUAACAACAACUACAUUCUAGGUUCCAUAGGACCGCAUAAUGUCGUUCUUGCCUGCCUUCCAGAUGGAGUAAUGGGCACUACUUCAGCAGCGAUCGUGGAAAAUCGGAUGCGUUCUACCUUUCAAGCAAUACAGUUUGGCUUGAUGGUUGGCAUUGGUGGUGCUGCUCCAAAUGCAACGGAUGAUAUUCGGCUUGGGGAUGUUGUGGUAGGAGAACCUCGCAGAGGCAGCUCUGGUGUCAUUCAAUAUGAUUUCGGAAAGACAGUGCAAGAAGGAAAAAUGACAAUAACCUCGUCCUUGAAUCGACCUCCAGAUAUCCUUUUAACUGCGGUCAAUAACCUGAGAUCUGAGCACCUUCUACUGGGCCAUAAGAUCAAGCUUUACCUCGACAAAAUGGUAGACCAAUACCCGCGACUCAAAGCAACCUCAUCUCACCCCGGUCCUCAGUAUGAUAACCUUUACCAGUCGCACUACGAGCACCCAACAGACCACCCAACAUGUCGUAACUGCGACAUCACAAAGCUUGUCCCUCGAACCCCACGAAAGUCACUCGAGCCACGAAUCCAUUACGGCCUGAUUGCCUCUGGAAACCAAGUCAUGAAGCAUGGUCUCACUCGCGAUCGCUUAAAAGCGGAAUUGGACAUAAAGUGCUUUGAAAUGGAAGCGGCUGGUCUAGUCGACGAUUUUCCAUGCCUUGUCAUACGUGGUGUGAGCGAUUACUCGGAUUCUCAUAAGAAUGAUAGUUGGAGAGGGUACGCCGCGGCUACUGCGGCUGCCUAUGCGAAAGAGCUUCUCAGCUCUAUAUCUGGAUGUCAGCCUUUACACGGAAAUACAGAUUUGAGUGAUUAUCUAAGUAAAUAA